AAAAUCCCCUUUUUUUCGGAGCUCGCAAGCAGCGCUGUUGUGUGAAGCCGAGUGUGCACGGCGAGACGAGCGAACACACAGGCACAGCAGCGCGUCGCAACUUCAGCAACUUCGUUCGUUCGUUCAGCGAUAAUCCUAUUUAAUGAAACGAACAACUUAGUUAUAAUGAAAUUACGCGAAAAAUUACACUUUAAGAUUUAAACUUUAGAAAAAGUUUUACAAAAUUAUAAACCUCGCAUUAUUUAUAACUUACAUUUAACUAUAAUUAUAUCUUAAUCAUAUAUAUAUACAUAUUGAGCUAAAUAUAUAUGUAUACAUAUACUAUUAAUUAAAAAUUACCGGAUCGCGCAAAGAAACCGGUAGAACUUAUACACAAAAGAAGUGGAAGAAGAAGAACGGAAAAAGGCUCCAUCUUUUACAAUAAAACCACGCAACAAACCGCAAACAAACAAAACAGAACGAACGAACGCAAGACACAAAACUCCAAACACACAAAAUAAACACACAAGCACACACACCCAAACACCACAAAAUUACACAAAGAUGACUACUCGCAAACAGACAAAAUUCUCCACCAAAAUUCAGUUCUACCUGAAGCACAGAGAGUCGCGGAUACUGAAGCUAUGCAACGACACGAUCGGCCCGGUGCCAAACGAUUCCCUCAGCAAAGCGAUCUUCAGACUGUUGUCCAAACCGGUAGACAAUAAAGGCAUUAUACAACUUUUUGUCGACAAGGGCCAGCAAACUGCUCAAUCGACUGUCACGAGCAGCAGCAGCAACAGCAGCAGCAACAGCAGCAGCAGCAGCAACAACAGCAACAACACUGUGAAGACCGUUCUGCCAGAGUAUCAGAAGGAGGUGGAGCGCUUCCACGGGCGCAUCAUCUGCAACGACAACACCUGCAUCAUCGACCCGGUCGCCUCUCCGAAGAACGACAGCAAUUCGGGCAAUCCUCGCACCCACUCGUUCCGAAUUGUCUCGUUCAGCAAGGAGAGCGGCGUCACCGCCGGCGGCGACACGUUCGCGCCCGCCGCCGACGAGGACGACGCGCCGGCAGUGGUCGGUGGUGCCGGUGCGGCGCAGGAGCAGGAGCAGGCACAGAACCUCAUCACCCGGUCGCCGCCGGCCGCACGGUCCCCGUCGGCCGGUCCGGCUGCUGCCGCCAGCGUGGUACCGCUGGCGGGCUCGACCAGCAGCCACAAGGCGAUCCUGAUGUGCUUCAGCUGCAAGCUCAGCUUCGGCACCUGCCGGUCCUUUAUAGCGCAUGCCAAAAUCGAGCACAGUCUCACACUGAACGACUACGAGCGGAUGCUGCUGGAGAAGAACUACAGCAGUGCCAUCAUACAGACGAACGCGGAGAAGCAGUUCUUUUUCCUGGUUCCUUUCGAAGAGAAAUCUUCAGCCAACAGUAACAGUAGGAAGCAUGUGGAGGGCGACGAGAGAUACAAGACCAAUAGUAGUAGUAAUAAUGGUAGCAACAACAGCAGCAGCAACAGCAGCAGCAGUAGCAGCAGCAACAGCAGCAGUAGUAGCGGCGGUAGCAACAACAACAACAACAACAACAACAACAGCAUCAGCAACAGUGCGGCCAGCGCACUGAUCGGACCCGGAGGCGGUACGGCCGUCGGUGGCGGCCCCCUCCUGGGUGGCAACAUCAAUGGCAAUCACAGCAGCAGCACUAACAACAACGGCAGCAAUGGCAACAGCAACAAUCUCAUGAACAGUACCGCCAACAACGGCAUCCUGGGGCUACUCUCGCAUCAACAGCAGCUCCAAGCACACCAACAGCAGCAGCAGCAACAACAACACCAGCAGCAGCAACUCCAGCUACAGCAGCACCACCUGCAGCAGUCGGCGAUGGGUCUGCCGGCGGAUGUGUUCGCGCCCGGCAGCCUCGGGUUCGACGCCGGCGGCAGCUUCCCGAAGCUGGUCGCCAACAAUGCGCUGCUGUACGAGAUGGACAGCAAGCUGCAGCAGAGCUGGAAGCUGGCGGCGGAAAAGUACAGCAACGCGAUGAACGAGAGCGCGGCGAUUGCAGCGGCUGCAGCGGCUGCUGCCGCUGCCGCGGCCGCUGCCGCCGGCAGCGAAGGCGAGAAGAAGGGUGGCGUGGCCAGUGCGGCUGCGGCCGCCGUCAGUGGGAAACUGCUGACCGACUUCCUGAACCAGCAGAAGAUGCUUUCGUCCGUGGGGGAGAACCUGUACGGCAAGCAGAACAAGUUCCUCGAGCUGAUCAGCUCGGCGGCUGACAUGAAGCUGAAUCCGCUGGCGGCGGCUGCGGUGGCGGCCGUAGCCUCCAACAAGGGCGCGCCCGGACCGGCGGAGCUCGGGGCAGGAGGCGGCGUCGGUGGUGUUGGAGGUGGUGCCGGUGGUGGUGGUGGUGGUGGUGCCGGUGGUGACUUCCAUCUGAAGAAGUACAGCCCGGUCGAUCUGUACAAGCAGCUGAUCGCGAACAACUUCCGCCCGGAGGCGAUGGACGUCGGGGAGGAGCUGAAGAGCGAACAUCAGAUCAGCGUGAAGAAGCUGGAACCGGAACCGUCGACGGCGUUCCGGAACAGCAACUUCAGCCCGAACAUCUCGACGCGCAACUCGUGCAAGACGCUCAAGUGUCCGCAGUGCAACUGGCACUACAAGUACCAGGAAACGCUCGAGAUACACAUGCGCGAGAAGCACCCGGACGGCGAGACGGCCUGCAGCUACUGUCUGGCCGGGCAGGCCCAUCCGCGGCUGGCGCGCGGUGAAUCGUACACCUGCGGGUACAAACCGUACCGCUGUGACAUCUGCAACUACUCCACCACGACCAAGGGCAACCUGUCGAUCCACAUGCAGAGCGACAAGCAUCUGAACAACAUGCAGGACCUGAACGGCAUGAUGAACAAGAGCAACCAGAGCUUCCUGAACCUCGCGACGCUGCAGGCGAACGAGAAGGUGGUGAACAGCUCGCGCAACCAGUACAUGGCGGCGGCGGCAGUAGCGGCGGCCAGUUCACCGCUCUCUUCACUGUCGGGCAAGCUCGGCGGAGGCGGUGGUGGUGGUGGUGGUGGCGUUGGAGGUGUUAGUGGUGGCAGUGGAGGUGUUGGUGGCGGCCCAGGCAGUGCCCAAUCGAAGGAGAGCGGCCCGGUCGGGUACGAGACGGGUGGGCGACCAAAGUCCUUCUUCAAGUGCGACAUCUGCAACUACGACACGAACAUCGCGCGCAAUCUGCGCAUCCACAUGACGAGCGAAAAACAUAUCAGCAAUCUGAACUCGUUCCAGUCCAGCUUUAACCAGUUGAAGAGCCUGCAGAGCCUGCAGCAGCAGCACCAGCAGGCCCAGCAGCACCAGCAGUCGGACAGUCUCGACUACCUGAGCGCGAUCAAUCUGAACACGCUAAAGGAGGACUCGCCGAUGGCGCGCGUGGACGAGUACACGGCGGCGGCGGCUGCAGCGGCCGCAGUGGCGGCUGCCACCUCCGCUAGCAACACUGGCAACAGCAACAGCAACAACAACAACAACAACAACAAUGGAGGUGGUAGCAGCGGUACCAGCUCGGGCAGCCUGAAGCCGCUGUCGAUGCCGUCGUCUCCGUUCGGCGCACCGCACGAGACGGCGACGCCCGAUUCGCUCUUCCUGAACCAACCCUCGCCGUUCAGUGGGGCAAGCGAACCGGGCACAGACCGGGACUACCACCAGCACCACCAUCAUCACCAUCAGCACCAGCUGGACGAGGACAAGAACCCGCUGCACUUCGAUCCGCCGGUCCGGCUGUCGCUCGAUCCCGCCACCUACUACAGCUGUCUGGUGUGUGCCGACUUCGAGACGAACAGCCUGGAGGAGCUGAAAAAGCACGUGCUGAAGGACCGGAGCAGCAGUGCGAUGGACACGAUCCUAAUCGCUGGCCAGGAGUGUCUGCUGUGCGGGCAGAAGGCCCACGACCGGGUGGAGAUGGAGCGGCACCUGAAGGCGGACCACCAUCUGCGCCGGCUCGAGCUGAUGAUCCAUCUGCUGGAGGGGCGGGACAAGGCGGCCACCAAGCUGCGCCAGUUCGUUGGCCAGGAGCUGUACAAGAAGCUGCAGCUGAUCUUCCCAUUGGCGGAGGAACCGAAAUUUGCGUACGAUGAGAUGCCAAGCGUCAGCGAAAUUUCGCGCUCUCCGCUAAUGCUGCUGCUCGAGCCAAAAACCGAGCUGAUCGAGCGGGACUACGGGACCGGCGCGAACGGUAUCGAUGAAUCAUCUUCACCGUCGUGCCCGGACAACGUGCAGCUCAAGUGUAACUGCUGCAACUUCUACACCACCUCGCUGGAGAAGAUCGGCAUCCACAGCCUGUCGGAGAAGCACAUCUUCCGGCGGAUCUGUUUCGACUAUCUGCUGCUCAUCUCUAGCGAAAAGUCCAGCCUGGCGACGACCGUAAAGAGUGAAGAUGGAACAAAGCAGCAGUCCUCGCCGAAAGCUAGCCAGCUGAUGCUGACCUGCGUGCCGUGCUGCUUCAAGACCGACCACAUCUACUACAUGAUACACCAUCUGAAGAAGAGCUGCAAGGUGGAGCAGAACAUCAACCUGCUCGGGUUGCGAAACAUCUUCAAGCUGACGGCCAAAGGCUUGGACGCCCAAGAUGCAAUGGAUACGGGCGACAACGGGCUGUGCAGCAUACUGCAGGAGAAGAAGAUGUGGAACGGCGAGAACGCUAGCAACCGCCAGACGGCCGGCGGCUGCAAGGACCGCUGCCUCGUGUGCAGCGUGUGCAACAAGUUCUCCUCGAAGAAGGUGAACGUGAUGCAGCACCUGCUGGCGAACCACAACGCCGGCAACGAGCUGCUGGGCGGGGCCGAGCUCUCCCCGGCCGUGCCGUCGCUGUCGCGCAAACCGUUCGACUAUCUGCGCACGCUGGCGGAGGCCCGCUGCGCCCAAAAUCUGCGGCUCAUCGAGAAGGUCACCUUCAUGAGCGACUCGUUCGCGCUGAAGGAAAACUGCAACGACCUGAAGCACGGCAACCUGGCGGAGAUGCUGGAGCAGUACGCGGCCCGGCAGGAUGCGGGCGACGGCUUUGCUGCCGCCCGUUCGCCGCCGCUCGAGAAGCAGCAGCAGCAGCAGCAGCAACACUCGCCGACCCUGUCCUGUCCGCUGUGUGCGGAGGCGUUCCUCGACCAAGCGACGGUCGAGACGCACGUGCUGCGCGUCCACAACAUCAAGAUGGACGGGCUGAACCGGCUGCUGAAGCUGGUCGAUACCUCGCAAUUUUUGAAAACGACCAACGGCAAACAGCAGCCGCCGCCGCCCGGCAGCAACAGCAGCAGCCCAGUGGACAAGCCAGGGUCGCCCCAUUCGCCGCAGCAGGGCGGCAAGGAGGGUUCGGUGUCGCCCGGGGGUGGCACACCGAGCAUCCGCUGCUCCUACUGCAAGGCACCGUUCGACACGAUGGUCGACCUGAAGAUACACUGCAACGAGAGCAGCCACUUCCGGCGCAGCGCCGACUCGGACGAUCUCGCCUGCUUCCUGCACGACUGCAAGGACGCGUUCGACAACCUGGCCGACCUGAACCAGCACUUCAAGGCGAGCCAUCUGAACUUCCUCAUCUCGGAGCACCACACGUACCGGUACCGGUGCAAGCAGUGCCCGUUCGCGUUCAAGACGCACGAGAAGCUGAGCCGGCACCUGUUCUACCACUCGCUGCGGGAGUCGACCAAGUGCUUCUACUGCGACCACCACUUCAAGAACAUCCACUCGCUGACGGCGCACAUCGCGGAGAAGCACCCGCAGGAGGCGCUGCAGUCGGGCAAACCGUCGCCGCCGGGCAUCGCCUCGCCCGACGCGUCCAUCCUGUUCUUCAAGGAUCUCAAGCGCAAGAUGCUCAACAGCCAGCAGCAGCAGCAGCGGAACGGGUUGAGUCCGCGGUCGGAUCGGUCGGGUGGGCGGGAUGCGCGGGACAGCGUGGAUGAGGAUCGGCUGAGCGAGAAGUCGGUGAGCUCGAAGAGCAGCAGCUUCUACUACGACAAGAGCCUGGACGGAAGCGGCACGUCGGAGGGUCGCUACACCUGCACCGACUGUCAGUUCAGCUUUACGGAUUCUGGGGCACUGGAGCGUCAUCUUGCGACGGCCUGUCAUAUGCCGCGCGACGACAAAGCGUCACCGGACUCGCUCGCUGCCUCGCUGAUGUCUUCCCUCGCCAAGCAUCAUCAGCAGCAGCAACAGCAGCAACAGCAGCAGCAACAGCAGCAACACCAGCAGCAGCAACAGUCCCAACACCAGCAGCAGCAGCAGCAGCAGCUGUCGACGUCCUCCUCCUCCUCCUCCUCCUCCGCCCAGAUGAGCUCGCUGUUCUACGACAUCAAGUCGGAGAAGUUCACCAACCCGAACCGGCCGUUCAAGUGCACGAUCUGCAUGGAAAGCUUCACGCAGAAGAACAUCCUGCUGGUGCACUACAACAGCGUCUCCCACCUGAACAAGCUGAAGAAGCUGAAGGCGGAGAAGGGCUUCGCGCAGAUGUUUACCGGCUCGCUGCUCAGUGCGGACAUUGGCGCGGGAGAGAGCUGUCCCGAUCGGGGCAAGAACUCGCCCUCCCCGACCGUGCCGUUCGGCGAGAAGGCGGCCACACCCUUCACGAUGCCCGCCUUCGCCGAGGGAUGCGGCGAAAAGCGCAAGGAGGUGGGCGACGAGAAGGAGUCGGCGCGCAAGAAGUUCAAGUGCGACAUCUGCAACGUGGCGUACACGCAGGGCAGCACGCUGGACAUCCACAUGCGCAGCGUGCUGCACCAGACGCGGGCCUGCCGUAUGCAGGAGCGGAGUCUCUUCGCCGUGCAGCCGGCAGGGACGCCGCAGCAGCAGCAACCUUCGCCCCAGGGCGGCGACAGCAAGAAGAAGAGCGAGUUCCCACUGAUCCAUCCCAUCCCGGAAAGCCACGACCAGUCGCCGAACAUGCUGGACGAAGUUUCGUCGUUGCGCAAGCUCAAGUCUCCUUCGGAGCAGAUACAGCAGCAGCAGCAGCAACAGCAGCAACAGCAGCAGCAGCAGCAACUGCACCAGCAGCAGGCACUCGGCCCACUGUUCUGCGGGGUGCCCGUCGGUGGCCCCGACAAGCCGGAAAUUUGCGUGUGCGAAUGCUGCUACCAGGUGUUCCCGGGUAAGCUGAUGCUCGAGACGCACCUCGAGCUGAGCCCGGAGUGUCUGGCGCACCGCAAGAAGCUGCUCGAGGCAGCCGCCGGUCUGCCGAGCGAUCCGGCCGGCCCGCUGGGCUUCCCGGGCGACGGUGUAGGCUUCCCGCACCACCACCAGGCGCUGAGCGAGCUGGCCAAGGUCAACCAGGGCGGCGGUGGGUUCGAUCUGGGAGCGCCGGGCGACGCAGCCGCCCUGCUGGGCGCCAAGGGGCUCGUGCCGGCGAUGGAUCCAGCCGCUACGGCCGCGGCAGCAGCAGCCGCCGCCAACCUGAUGGAUCCGAGCUUCCUCAAGAACGCAUCGCUGCUCCAGUUUGCCGCCUCCGAUCCAGCCAACAAGCUCAAUCCGAACGCACUGAACGUGCUGAACUUUAUGCACUUCCACCAUCUGAUGUCGCUGAGCUAUCUGAAUCUGGCGCCGCAGCUAAGCUUCGGCGGCGUGCCGCCGAAGGUCGACCCGACCAAGCCGGACGGUUCGCCCGGCGGUGGCGGUGAUCCCGUGGGCGGCAAGGGUGGCAAGACACCGUCGGGCGGCUCCGUCGUACUGCCGCCGGUCAGCUUGAACGGCAAGCCGCUCGAUCUGAACCUGCUGCCGCACGGGCUGGACCCGAAGCUGGCCGCCCAGUCGCCGCAGCAGCUCGCCCAGGUACAGUCCACGCUGGGGCAGCAGCAGCAGCAGCAGCAGCAGCAGCAACCGUGCACGCAGAAGCGGGCCCGCACCCGCAUCACGGACGAGCAGCUGCGCAUCCUGCGCUCCCACUUCGACAUCAACAACUCGCCGAGCGAGGAAAGCAUCCAGGAGAUGUCGCUGAAGGCGAACCUGCCGCAGAAGGUGGUGAAGCACUGGUUCCGCAACACGCUGUUCAAGGAGCGGCAGCGCAACAAGGACAGCCCGUACAACUUCAGCAUCCCACCGUCGACGAAGCUGAACGUGGAGGAGUACGAGCGGACGGGCGAGGCGAAGGUGACCGACCUGGAGACGGCAUCGUUCAAGGCGUCCGAUGUGGGCGGGUCGCUGUCGCAGGACAACUCCUGCUCGCAGGGCUCGACCGACAUGAGCAAAGCGUUGAACGAGGCGAUGAAGCAGAACCUGUCCAAGUCGCUGCUCGAGUCGCUCAGCAAGCACCAGUCGGCGACGGGGCAGGAUUUGGUCGGGGCAGCCGCUGCCUUCCACCUGAACAAGAGCCUCUUUCCGGACAGCUUCGGUGCAGGUGUUGUGGCGGUGGUGGCGGCGGCGGCGGCGGCGGCGCAGGUGGCGGUGGCGGUGGCGGAGGCAGCGUCGGGCAAGAAGAAGAAGAUCAAGUCGGAAUCGUCCAACGACAGCCCGACGCCGGCCGACCUGCAGCUCGACUCGUCCAACUCUAGCCCGAUGCCGAUGCGGCCGCCGAGCGCGAUCUCGCUCAAGAAGCACAUGGCCACGCCGCCGUCGCUCGUCGGCGUCGGGGACGAGAUGAAGAUACCGAGCCCGAUCGAGAGCCCGGUCAUCUCGCCGCCCGGCUCGAUGGGGCUGCACGCGCUGCCCCCGCAGACGCAGCCGAUCACCUGCUCGAACGGCAAGCGGGCCAACCGGACGCGCUUCACCGACUACCAGAUCAAGGUGCUGCAGGAGUUCUUCGAGAACAACUCCUACCCGAAGGACAGCGACCUGGAGUACUUGAGCAAGCUGCUGAUGCUGUCGCCCCGCGUCAUCGUCGUCUGGUUCCAGAACGCUCGCCAGAAGCAGCGCAAAAUCUACGAAAACCAGCCGAACCCGACGUUCGAGUCGGACGAGAAGAAGGCGAUCAACAUCAACUACACGUGCAAGAAGUGCAACCUGGUGUUCCAGCGGUACUACGAGCUGAUCCGGCACCAGAAGAACCACUGCUUCAAGGAGGAGAGCAACAAGCGGUCGGCCAAGGCGCAGCUGGCCGCCGCCCAGAUCGCCCACUCCUUCACCAGCGGCAGCGAGGACUCGGACUCGAGCCUGGACGUCAGCCGGCGCGAGUUUCAGCCGCGCGAGAACGACUGCCCUUUCUAGGAGCCGUGGGGCGGCUGGCGGGCCCCGGCCAGCAUGCAGCACUAAGGGGCAGCAUGCCGCGCGCCGUGGCGUCCCUUAAGCCUCCCCCUUUUACUUACCCCGCCUCCCUCCCCCCCCACAAGCUGUGCGCCUUCAUUCCGCUCUGUUUGUGAACCCUUGCCGAGGGUAAUAUUGCUUCCAGUGUCCUCCCCAUUCCCCCUCAAAAGCUCCUAAAAGUAUUCUUUUCUUGCCCCAACAUGCUUCCCCUCUCUCUUUAUGUUCCUCUCUGUCUCACUGUAUCCUCGUUGAAGAAACAGAAAAAAAAAACACCUCGCACCUCUCGCGGCGUGGCCGGCGGCUAGUCUUUAUUUUAUUUUAUUGCUUACUUUUGCAAACCUUUUCCAGUUUUAUGUUUACUUUAUUUUUUAUCUAUGCUCUUCGUUGCUUUAGGUUCCUUUUUUUUUGCUCUUUUUUCUCUGCUUUUUUGCCGCACCGCCGUCGAGAUCGUUUUUUUGUUUUUCGUUAACUUAUAUCGUUAGGAUUUUAGCUUCAUUUUCAUUCCUUUUUUUUGUUAUUUCUGUCGAGCUUUUCUAAAAAAAAAAACAAAACAAAACGAAAAAUCAAACUCGUCGCCACACCUAGCAAGGAUUAGACUUAAUGUGCCGUCAUUUUCUUUUUUUUUGUGAGCCAAGCCAAUUGGAAAACAAACAAAACGGCUCCAUAUUCCCUCUCGGCCCGGGCCCCACCCCCACUUCCUGCCCCGUUGCCCACCAAAACCGGUCGGAGCAGAAGCUGGGCCUGGGCAAAUGCGGGGGACGGGAACAACUCGCCAUUGAAGCAUCGCGCGUUUCAAUAAUUGUAAUCGAUUGAUGUGUUAACUUGCUCCUCGCCUUGAUUUGCUAGUGAAUGAAAAGUCGUUAUUUUUGUUUUAUGUGUUUUUUUUUGUGUAAACGAAGCAGAGAAGAAAACAAACAAAUCAUAUAAUUUA